CUCGUCAACACUGAGCCAGCUACUAACAAAAUAUAGUAGAAGAAAAAAGAUCAAGUAUCGUUCAGAUCGACGGUUCAAUCGAAGUGAAGCAAGCUGGACUGACAAGAAGACUAAAGCAACGGCGUCGCAUGCUACGCUAGAUGACGGGACGAACGGAAUCAUAAAACGCGCUUGAAUGCAACAGGAAAAUAUCGACCUGUGUUAAGGCCUACUAUCUCUUUCUAAUGCCUCUGACUAUCUCUAUCAAAGUUAUACAUCUGAAGGACGACAAAUGGAAAAUUACGGCUCGGCGUGACUCCUUUUUCGUCUAUUCUUCUUGCCUUUUAGUGCUUUUUUCUUGCCUAUGCGCUGUACAUACACUGCUAUCCACUUGCUUGUGCUAUCUACCCGUGAGCCUAUUCAAAACGACAUGAUUGAGUGAAGCAACUCUAACGGUCGAUCUUCAUAAACGCGUAGCCAUCAGUACAUCAACUUCUUUCACUAGCAGCAUCACAAGCACGACCUCUACUGCUACCGCUGCUGCUGCUGCUGCUGCUGAGCUUCAUCUUAAAAGCGAACUUGUUCUUUUGUUGCGAUGUAUGAGUACAUGCUGUUAUAUUGAGUACAUGUUAUUGUAAUGUACAGUGGCAACGUUGUUUCUCUUUAACCACUUGUGUUUCUUCUCUGCGUUUGCUUAUCCAACGUUUUUGUUUUUAUCAGAGGAAAAUCCGGCAAUCUUGUUCACUGUCUGUCUAAUUUCUGUAACCUUUCUCUAUGCUUGUCUUCGUCAAAAAGAGUGGCAUGCUCCAGCCUUUUGAAGCGCAGCUCUUCGUUCAGCAUUUCGUUGAUAAUGCUAUUCAUUUUUUUCUAUUUUUCUGCUACUGCUCUUAAGCUGGUGCCCCUCAUGUUGCCUUACCUUUCGCUCGCCAAAGUACCACUGUAGUGUGCCCCACCUGGUCGAAUCGGAUGUACACUACAUUACAGCGAAUUCUCAAGCACCGCUGCGGCUACUGAGGUCUCAUCCGAUGCUUUCUGCUAUCAGCCUCCACCGACUCUCGCCUUUUUUUUGCCCCCUCCAACCUUGGCUUCUUCUCAGAUGGUCUCUGCUGCUGAUGCUGUGGCUGAAAAUUCAGCUGCAUACCAAUCUUAAUCUACGGAUCACGUUCUUAGUAUUGCCUGUUGCCCUCUAGCGCAUUUCAUCUGCGAGACAUUGCGUCCUGAGAAAACAGUGAACCUUCAGUCGGUGUAAUAGUUCAGCGUGGCUGAUACAUUAGCUGGCAUGUGCAAUGUAAAUGUCUCAACCGUAAGCAAACGAAGGGAUAUCAGUGCAAACUCGAGAAUGCUGGACUUAAUCUGUUAAUUGUGCUGGAAUUGUUGUUCUGUACGUAUAUGUUAACCAGGAAGUGUUGCGUGUGUUUUUCGUCGUCCGUUUGUGCUCAUCAUCUCGUCGUGUUCUCGUCGAAGGUGUUGUUUGUGAUCGUCUCCCGUGACGAUGUGUUUUUGUCCUGAAUGCCCCCUGUUCUGCUUGCGGCCUUCUCCUUUAACUGUCCCCGCGCGCACCCAGCGUACCCCUAGAGCUUCGUCACGGUAUGACAUCAUUAGCCCGUCAGCGAGAAUCUCUUCAUCUUUUCCUGAUAGUGUGACGUCGUGUUGCGCGUUCUCUAAUGAUCGCUGUUCUAACACAGGGAAUCUUGUACUAGCCGAAGAUUGUAGGCAUAGCAGUAAUAAUCUAAGUAAUAUAGCGUUCAACUGGUCGAAGAUCCCUCCUGUGCGAUGGUUACUGCUGCUGUUAUCGUUGAUAACGUUUCCGCGGGGAUCGUUAGGCCAGUAUUACGAAGAGAGCAUACUGCCGAACGCACAAUCGCGCGGUGGACACAACUUUGGUCCACCUUGGGCAGCAGACCUUGUCAUACCACAUCCGGACUACCUUGCUAAUAGACGACACAUGACUGCUCCCAGUCCGGAUUUUCAGUGGCCGUCGUCCGUUCUGAAUCGUAAUAGUGCGCUGAUUCUACCGCGCAACAGCACCGUCAACCCUCAUCAAGCUGUCGACUUACAAACUCUCACUAAUAUCAUCAACGUUGCCAGAUAUAUUCUCUCGUUUCCUCAGAAGUGUUUCUUUCGGGGCAAUUCCUACGGCUGUGGUUUCGGCGUAUCGUGCUGGAUGCAGGGCAAGCGACCCGUGGAUCUCUGCAAUGGCGGCGUCGUAUGGUCUUGUUGCGUGCCGCGUAAUGCCGAGCCUUCGAAGCAAGCCAUGGUGAAAGAAGCCCUAUGUGGACGAACUUAUAUGCGAGACGCUAAAGUCGUUGGAGGUGUAUCCGCUAAAUUUGGCCAUCAACCUUGGCAGGCGGCCAUAGUAAAACGGAGUUUCUUGUCACAGAAAAUAUCAUGUGGAGGUGCUCUGAUUAAUGAUAAAUGGGUUCUUACGGCCGCGCAUUGCGUAGACAGAACGCCAGCAUCAAACCUGCGUGUGCGUCUGGGUGAGCACAAUAUCCGCGACACGACUGAACGUUAUCCUCACGAAGAAUACACGGUCCGGCGAAAGAUUGUUAACGAAGGAUUCGAUAGGCGGAAUUUCGUCAACGACAUCGCUUUGUUAGAAUUGGCUCAGCCGGUUAUCUACCGAGAGCACAUAAUUCCCAUCUGUCUUCCGGAAAAAGGAGCAAAUUUUACGGGUGAGCUGGCCACCGUGGCAGGCUGGGGUCGAGUAAAGUACGGCCAAUCGUAUAUGCCCAGCUCAUUGCAGAAGGUCGACGUUCAGGUGAUAGACAACGAGGUCUGUAGAUCAUGGUUCAAGGAGAAAGGUCGACGAGAACAAAUAUUUAAUACAAUGCUUUGCGCCGGCUACAAGGACGGAGGUCGGGAUUCCUGUCAAGGAGAUUCUGGGGGCCCUCUCGUUCUAAAGAAAAACGGCCGAGCCCAACUUAUUGGCCUGGUGUCAUGGGGUGUCCAGUGUGCGCUACCUAAUUUGCCGGGCGUCUAUACAAGGGUGUCUGAGUACGUUGACUGGGUCGAGAUUUAUAUCAAUCGUAAAAACAAAGGCGAUCUUCUCACUAUCAAUCCCGCGGUCACCAAUACAGCUGUUAGCAAAACUGAACAGCAAAGAGAAAAGGACGUUAAAGCCGCUGAUAAUGGUGGCGACAAACAGGAGCAAUCGUCUAGCUCUUCUGCUAUAUCAGUAGCCGCCUCAGUACGAAGGAGAUAGAGAUUCUAAUUAGAAAACAGCCAUGGAAGACAUUCUGUAAGAAUCAAGAAAUAAACGGGGGCGGGUAUCGAGAAAAAGAACGGGGACGAGCGUAGCUUUUUCUGGCAAGAGGUGCCAACGAGCUACCUGUGGUAUUUAUGAAGUGGAUAAAGUAGGAUACGUGAUAAAAAGCAUAGGAGCGUCAGUAAAAUAAACUCAGUCAAAUUUUGAUUACAACGGCGUAACGGGACUUUUAACAGAAAGCAAACCGGGUUACCGAGCCAGGUAAAGGAAACAAGAACAAGCGAAUGGAAGAUAUAUUAUUGUCAAGUUUUUUUUUAUGAGCAUUAUGUAGAAAAUAAACAGUAAAAUAAUAGUAAUAAUCAUUACUAUGAAACUUAGGAAUUGUUAAGAAUGCACUUACGUACUAAAAUGGUUUCUCUUAGCUUUUUUAAUACGAUUACGCGGGUUAUACAACGCGAAUUUAAACGAUUAUGUAAAAGGGCCGGCUGAACAACGAGUGCCUACGAGCUGAUUAUAUACUUCGUAACGGAAAUGUUCAUAAGAAAAGUGUGAGUUGAGACAAAACUAUAAUUAAAUUUACAAAAUCGAGAAAAAAAAAUCAAACUUCAGUUCCGAUGCGACAUUUGUAGUUUGUUCUUAUCUGUUGCAGUCGGCCUUAUUUGACCAAUGGUUCUGUAAUUUGCUGACGGUAAAAUGUGGCCAUGACGAUUCUUUUUUUUUUUCAAAUAAUAGUUACUUGUCUCGCCGAACGGCGCUUUCAACCUUAUACUGAAAGAUUUAUCUCAAAGCAGAUAUGCGUUACCUAACCUUGUUGGCUCGAGCGAGCGGGAUGUGUAAAUGACAACCGAAAAACAAAGGAGGCCUCUCAGCUCUUGUACCUUUCGUAUCAAGAUUUUCGCAAUAGCAAUAGAGGUGUACAAUGUAUAUUUAUAUACAAGCACAGACGUAUUUAGAAUGUAGCAGUAAAUACCGAAUCGAAGCUGUAUAGUUGUAUAUAUGAUAAGAAAUAAGCUACAGAUCAAUUUAAACUGAAAGAAAAAGGCACGUGUUGCUCAUUAUUUCCUUAUGUUUGUAUAUUUUUAAAAUGUUUACAUAUUUAUGUUAUUUUUUUAUUGGCCUGAUGGAUGUUACCUGAUGGAGAACAUUCUUCAAAUGUAGAGUAAUAGAUCAUUCGUCAGUCGAUAUCUAUUACUCUGCUGUUACCUGAAUUAUGAGACACUAAGCCAUUUGUUGAGUACGGCUGUCGGAUAUUCGAUGUGACGAUGACAUCUGUUCGGAUGGAUGGAUAGAUGAGUGAAUGACUAAGUAAUUAGUUAACAAUGAUGGCACUGUUAUUCCAAAAACCAGAACGAUGUACUUUGGUUAAUUUGUCUUUUUUUUUUUUUUUUUUCUAUAAUUGCGGUACAGGACGAAUGAAGGCACUAUAAAGUCUUAUUUUUUCAAGUCUCUGCCAUCCGGCGAUAUGUUAGCCUCACUAACUUAUUCAUGUGCUUUCGCGGACGGCUCUCUGUAGGCAGAUUACGAAAUAAUGAUCCUUCGUUUACCUUGUGAGGACAAAAUGGGUUGGGCAAGGUCCCAAGGAAGAAAAGCAUCUAAGGGACUGGAGAAAAUGGCAUGGCGGCGUUCACUUUCAUUAUUAUUAUUAUUAACAAUAGUGUCGAUAAAAUCUGUAAUAGGAAAUAUAUACUAAAACAACGGCCCAUAGAUACCUAUUGAAGAUAUGAUAAUAACUACGCGACGUUUUACUGUAUUAUGCUUUGUAUACAAAUGGUUAAAAUUGAUGACAUGUAAAAUACUGCGAACUAUUAUUUGAUAAUAAAUGAAAAAGCCACUAAAGGAGAUAUAUAGCAGUCUUUGUUUAUUUAUGUUCGAGAAAAAUACAUUGUUUCAAAGGGCCUGAGCAGGCCAGGGUUUUUCACUACAAAAAAGGCUUUACUAUCCACCCUACCACCAUUUCUGUUUACGUUCAUCAAGCACAGUUACGUAUAUAAACGGAAGUGAAAAUAGACAAAAUGCAAAAAAAAAAAA